CCGGAACGACGGCCAGCUAACACCUUUGGUUGGGUUGCCUUUAGGACCAGAAAAUCGGAACAGCUGAAGAAGAAGCUAAAGGUGGAGGACGAGGGUCCAUUCUACUGCCUGGAGCAUAUUGGCGAAUUGCAGGGAUCGGAAACCUGCGGCAAAAAUAGUCUAAACGUGACAGUGCUGCUGCUGCUGCUGUCUCAUGCUGCCAUUUGGACGUCAAUCCAGUAACUAAACUAAACUAAACUAAACUAAAGCCAUUACCUUUCUGCUGAGCGCAAUCUACCUGUCUUGGAUCCAUCAAUCCGUUAGUUAGGCAGGUAGUCAAGUCAACCGGUGCCGACGCUUUCUGCUGUUGGAACCGAGACCGGGGAGAGUCGUCUUGGGUUCUCUCUUGAUGAUACCUUUCGGUGUGCAGCAGUACACACUUAAACAAUCAUCAGCUCUUCGUCGUCGUCGUAUCCAGUUGGUUUUCGAUCGAUGAUUCUAUAAGACGCUCUCGGUGGAUAGUUGGCCCGGUUAGUCGGUUUUUACAUUCGAUCCGAUCGAGAACUUGUCUCGAGAUCGAGAGCGUUCGGAGUGGGUGUCGUGAAGCGGGAAAAAUAGUGUAUCUGUGGCAGCAGUACGAGUGCGCUAAUUACUUAGAACAAAGAAUUUGUUGCCUGCAUAUUAUCCGGUGUUUCUGUGCAGUAGUGAAAGGGGGGUAAAAUCGAUGGCGAUGGCGCUCAAUGUAACGGCAAGGAAUCUCUUGGAGGUCGUUGAUAGGGUGAUGGAUGAUCAUGACCAUGAUCAUGUUCAUGGCCGGGUGGAUGCGCACGAAGAUGGGGACAGUGAAUCGACGCUGGCGGCAAAGGCCACGGCAAUGGCAGUUCUAUUUGCCGUCAGCAUGAUCAGUGGUUGUGUGCCCUUUAAGCUCGCGAAAUGGUUCAAGUGGACGGACCUCACGAAUGCCAAGGCCAGUCUAGUGGUGUCGAUUCUGUUGUCGUUCGGAGGAGGUGCCCUGUUGUGUACCACCUUUCAACAUUUGCUUCCCGAAAUCAACCACACGAUUCGCGAGCUAACCGAGCAAGGGCUCAUGAUGAAACUGAGCUUCAGUCUGGGAGAAUUUUUGCUUUGCGCUGGGUUUUUCACCAUUUACCUGGUCGAAGAGUUGGUACAUCUUUACCUGCAUCGGCAUGAACGCCGGCUGAACGAGGCAAAAUUUAAUGAGCUUGAAGUGGCCGGUGGAGCGAUUAUGCGUGGAACGAACGCACGAGAAAGCAUAAUUAUGCGCAAGAAAAACAGCGAUAUUCGCAAUGGCAGCAUUUCGACAGCUGAUCUGAUUGCGAACGAUUUGGAAAACCAGAAGCGGGGAAUCCCGGCCAACGGUCGUGAUUCGGUUGUUUCCAGCACUCGACAUCCGCACGAUCAUCAUGUGCAUCAUCAUUUGCCGCCAACGGAGACGGACGGGUCUAUAAUAGGAAACCUGCGUGGCCUCCUGAUCGUGCUCGCCCUUUCGGUCCAUGAGCUCUUCGAGGGGCUUGCUGUGGGUCUUGAGAGCUCUCCCAGUACCGUGUGGUACAUGUUUGGUGCAGUUGCAGCCCACAAAUAUGUCAUAGCCUUCUGCGUUGGUGUGGAACUGAUCGUGGCCCGGACCAAGUUCUGGAUGGCGAUUACGUACAUUUUCAUUUACUCCGUUGUCAGCCCGAUCGGAAUCGGCAUCGGAAUGCUGCUGAGCAAUGGUCCCAGCUCCGAUGACAUGCAGGUGGUUUCGGUCAUUCUUCAAGGAUUGGCAUCCGGUACGCUGUUGUAUGUUGUGUUUUUCGAAAUUCUUUCGAAAGACCGCUCUGGUUUGCUGCAGUAUCUGGCCGUUUUUGUUGGAUUCUUCUUCAUGUUCGGAGUCCAGUUUUUCACUCACGGGCACGGCCACAGUCACGGUCAUGGCGGUGGAGCUGGGAACGAUGAUGACCACGAUCACGAUCAUGAUCACGAUCAUCACUGACACGGUCAAUGACUAGAUUUCACUGAUUGCUGUUCGUAUGGAAGGAUGGCUCUCAUUAAAGUUAAAAUCCAUUAACCAAUCCACAAAACACCCAUAAUUUAGAGGCAGAAGAAAUUGACAGCGGGAGAUGAAAGCGGCGGAUACACAGGUUCUUCGGUCCGGGGAGAAAGGAUAAUACCAACUUACUCGGAAUCCGGAGAGCCAGAACGAUUUUGGCGGGCAGUGUUUGAACGUAAUCGAAUCCAACCGACAACAGUAUUGCUAUAAUUUUUUUCAAUUUCAAACGAUGGAAAGAGGAGAUUAGAGUAUACAAACAAAACGUGCCGGCGUCCGACACUCUGCAGCUGUGAUAGUGAUUAUUUUAAACUUAAAAAAAAAAAUUAAUCUUAACAUGAGAAAGAAGAAAGAUAGUUGAGCAGAACUGUAACGAUUAUGGAUAGAUAGACUAUUUAAUUAAUCAAUUCACCCUCAAUCCACUUUUAUAUGUGCCAAACUAAAGAUUUUGAUCCAACAGUUUCAGAAAAAAAACAAAAACCCAUUCCUAAACGUGUUUUAAUUUUAUUGCAGUAGAGUGUAAGAUUUUAACAAAUCAUUUAUGAAAUAUCUUAUAGAAAUACCAAUGAUUCUUAAAAUAUACAGUAACUGAUA